CAUCGGCAUUGGGCUAUGGUAUAACGAAGAUGGAUUUGCCGGAGGAUAAGGAAAAGCCACGAUAUGUUGUGAUAGUCGAUAUUGGACAUUCCAACUACGGUGUGUCGAUCGUGGCCUUCAGUAAAGGCCAACUUUGCGUGAAGGCUACCGCGUAUGAUCGUCAUUUUGGCGGACGCAAUUUCGAUCAAGUGCUAGUUGAUUACUUUACCGAUGUGUGUAAAGAAAAGUACAAAAUUGAUAUUAAAUCUAAUCAAAAAGCAUUGUUUCGGCUUCGCACGGGAUGUGAAAAAGUGAAGAAAGUAUUGUCGGCGAAUCAACAGGCUCCCCUUAAUGUGGAGAAUCUCAUGAAUGAUAUCGACGUCAGCUCAAUGAUAAAACGAGAUGAAUUCGAAAGAUUAGCCUCACAUCUUUUAGAUCGUGUGCAUGCGCCAUUAGAACAAGCCCUUAAAGAAUCGGGCCUCACGAAGGAAGAUAUUCAUUCUGUUGAGAUGGUGGGUGGCUCGUCACGUAUACCCGCAGUAAAAGAGCGCAUAUCCCAAUUCUUUGGUAAAGAAUUGAAUUUCACGCUCAAUCAAGACGAGGCCAUUGCGCGAGGUUGUGCUUUCCAAUGUGCGAUUCUUUCGCCGGUAUUUAAAGUGCGAGAUUUCAAUAUUCAGGAUGUUUACAGUUACCCGAUUAAAGUCAGUUGGGAAAAUAUCCCAGAAAUUCCUGAUGAGGAAGCUGAGCUUCUCGUGUUCCCGAAAUUAAAUAGUAUACCUUCCACCAAAAUAUUAACUUUCCACCGUAAAAAGCCAUUUGAUAUAGAAGCCCAUUAUGCUGAUCCUGACUUAAUCCCUCCAGGAAUUAAUACGUGGAUCGGAAGAUUUUCUAUUAAAAAUGUUGAACCCACAGAAAAUGAUGACUUGAGUAUAGUAAAAGUAAAAGCAAGACUUAAUCUUCACGGCGUUCUUUCGGUGGAUGUCGCGACUGUUGUCGAAGAAGUGGUUAAAGAAGAAAAGGAAGAAGUAAAGACAGCCGAACCACAAGCUAAACCUACGCCAAAACCUGCAAAUGUCAAAAAAGUCAGGAAACUAGUAAAGAAAGCUGAUCUACCAGUCGUCUCUGGUACUUCAUCCCUCGACAAAUCGAUCGUCACACUUUAUCGAGAGAAUGAAGAACAAAUGAAAGCAACCGACAAGCUCGUAAUUGACACUGAGACACAAAAGAACGCACUUGAAGAAUACGUGUAUGAUAUGCGUGGCAAAGUCGAAAGCAGUUAUUCUGAAUAUGUAGAUCCCGCCGAAAAAGACACCUUCCUUAAUCUUCUCAAUGACACAGAGAAUUGGCUUUAUGGUGACGGAGAAGAAGCCACGAAAUCUGUAUACGUCUCAAAAUUAAAUGAUUUGAAAAAGUUUGGUGAUCCAAUUGUCGGGCGAUAUCGGGAAGCUGAGGAACGUCCGAAAGCCGAAAAACAAUUGCGUGACAGUAUACAAUCAUUUAUGCUGAAUGCUACCAGUAAUGAAGAGAGAUUUGCUCAUAUUUCUGAUGAAGAGAAGAAGAGUGUGGUCGAUAAGGCGACGCAAAUCUUACAUUGGUUGGAUGAAAAGAUUGAUGCACAGUCGAAGUUGCAGAAAUACGAAAUUCCCGUUGUGCAUGCACAUGAAAUUCUUAAAGAACGAGAUGCACUUGUACAAUAUUGUUCACCGAUUAUCUUAAGACCUAAACCCAAACCAGAACCCAAACCUGCUGAACCUACGGCACCAGAAACACCAGCUGCUGGAACACAAGGUGCUCAAGGAACGCCACAAGAAACUCCUGCGACAUCGCAACCAGAAGCUUCUGCUAGAAGUGAUAUGGAUGUUGAUUAA